AUGGCCGACAAGAAAUCCUCCCGUAACCCUAACCUAAUCAAUGGAAUCGGCAAAUUCUCCAAUUCCAAAAUGUACCACAAAAAGGGCCUUUGGGCUAUCAAGAAGAAAAACAGCGGCAAAUUCCCCACCCACCCAAAAUCCACCGCUGCCAUUGCUCUUCACUCAAUCAUCGUCGUCAAACCACCAAAAUUCUACCCAGCUGAUGACAUGGAAAAACCCCUCAUCAACAAAUACAAACCAAAACCCACAAAAUUGAGAGCCAAUAUUACACCUGGUACUAUUUUGAUUAUUCUAGCUGGGAGAUUUAAGGGGAAAAGAGUUGUGUUCUUGAAACAACUUAUGUGUUCUGGACUGUUACUUAUUAGUGGGUCGUUUAAGGCUGAUGGGGUUCCAUUAAGGAGAGUUAAUCAAGCUUAUGUUAUUGCUACUUCAAUGAAAGUCAAUGUUAGUGGAGUUAAGAUUGACAAGAUUCAACGAAAGUUUAUGUUAUCCCUUAUCUUUGUUGUGCAUUUUAAAAAAAACUUGGAAUUUAAGGAAACACUUGAAAAUGACGUGGCAGAGACGUGGCACAUGUGGCAACUUAUGUGGCAGCUGACAUGGGAGAAGUUGGAGCCAUAUUUGAAAGCCAAAGAGCAUCUUGAGCUUGUAUUGCGAGAGAGGGAUGAGAAAUCUGGAGAAGUUUCUGCCGCCUGCAAAUCUCUUGAGAAGGAGAGAAAGAAGGUGAAAAAGUUAAAAGCUCGUCGAGAUGCUGCCAAACAAGAAGCUGCAGAGAUGAAAUCCAAAGUAUCAACUGCUGAAGAAGAGUUUUCCAAGUGUUCUGAUGUCUCCCUUGCAAUGGAAAAAGCCUCAAAGGUCGUGGAGAAUAAGAAGCAAUUCUUAGAGGCUGCUUUACAAGAUUUAGUCAAUUAUAAGCUAUACUUAGAUUAG